AUGUCAGGUUAUGACAUCUGCAAUCUGUUUCUACCCAUCUACCUUCAUAUCGAUCUAUUUAUAUUCAUCUACCUUCAUAUCUAUCUAUCUAUCUAUCUAUCUAUCUAUCUAUCUAUCUAUCUAUCUUCUUUCAUAGCUAUCUAUCUCAGUUUGCCUCUAUCUACUUUCAUAGCUAUCUAUCUUAAUAUUUUAAAUGUUAAAUCUGUAUCUAUCUAUCUAAUUCUGUAUCUAUCUAUCUAUCUAUCUAAUUCUGUAUCUAUCUAUCUAUCUAUCAAAUUCUGUAUCUAUCUAUCUAUCAAAUUCUGUAUCUAUCUAUCUAUCUAUCUAUCUAUCUAUCUAUCUAUCUAUCAAAUUCUGUAUCUAUCUAUCUAUCUAUCUAUCUAUCAAAUUCUGUAUCUAUCUAUCUAUCUAUCGAAUUCUGUAUCUAUCUAUCUAUCAAAUUCUGUAUCUAUCUAA